GGGAAAUCGAAACCUAUCUGCGUGAUAAAUGCGCCACUCGUAAGUCUCCCAUUUUGUGUCCAUUUUGAGUCCAGAGCGCACACCUCGCAACUCAGAAAACCUGCACGCAUCCAGUUUGGACAAUGGCUUUCAAUCAGCAGUCACCGUUUUAUAGCCCAAGAAUCCCCUUCACCGGAUCAAUCCAUGGUGGUCUGCAGGAGGGGAAGUCCAUCAGCAUCAGUGGACGAGUCCUGCCUGGAGCUGAUAGGUUCCAUGUGAAUUUACAGUGUGGUUCCAGGCACAAUGCAGAUAUUGCUCUCCAUAUUAACCCACGGUAUGACAGUCACCCCGGUUAUGUGGUUGCCAACACCUUCCAGUAUGGUACCUGGGGCACUGAAGAGAGGAACCGCAGCUCUCCAAUUCCUGCUGGCUCCACCUUCACCCUGCUUAUCACAGUCACCCGAGAUUCCUAUCAGCUGAGUGUCAAUGGCUGCUUCUUUAUGGAGUACAGACAUCGUAUCCCGUUUCACCAGGUGGACACCAUCUCUAUAGACGGGAAAGUAGAAAUUUCCUCCAUUGGCUUCCUGAACGCAAUGCAGGCUGCCUUUCCUGCUUGUCCAACUUUUCCACCACAGCCUGGAUUCCCCUCGCAGCCUGGAUUCCCCUCGCAGCCUGGAUUCCCCUCGCAGCCUGGAUUCCCCUCGCAGCCUGGAUUCCUCUCGCAGCCUGGAUUUCCCUCGCAGCCUGGAUUCCCCUCGCAGCCUGGAUUUCCUCCUGCAAUGCCUGCCAUUCCAUACAAGAGCAUCAUCAGUGGUGGACUUAAACCUGGCAGGACCAUCACUGUGCAGGGGACUGUUCACCCUAGUGCCACAAGGUUCAGUGUGAAUCUUUGCCAUCACUCUGGCAUUGCUCUGCAUUACAAUCCACGGUUUGAUGAGAACAUUGUGGUUCGAAAUGCCAAGCAGGGGGUGCAGUGGGGCUCUGAGGAACGCAGUGGAGGGAUGCCCUUCCAUAGGGGACAGCCUUUCACGCUGACUAUCUGUUGUGAGAGUCAUUCCUUCAGGAUUGUGGCCAAUGGGAUGCAGACACACACCUUUAGGCAUCGUUUCAAUCCCCUCCAACACAUUAACACCCUGGAGAUCAACGGUGACAUCAGUCUGACAUCUGUGGUGGUGUAGAGAUCCAGGACCUGUUGCUGGUCUGGACACCUUACAGAUAAAAUGGUUUCCCUGACCACAAACAUUGCAUAUAAUAAUAAAUCAUGCUAAUUCAUUACUUUGGUCAUUUACUGGGUAUUGUACUCCUGUGUACUACAACCUAUAAUUCUAAUUUUUAUACCAUUAUAAACAAUAUAUUUCCUUAAAACAAUGGUUCUUGAAGGAAGGAAAACGCACCAAUGAUUAUCAGUUCUACUAAGUUCACCAAGUUAGGUGUGGUUGAAUUCAGUAAUCUUGAGUCACUGAAGUGCAAGGGGAAAAAGUAAAACUGAUAAAACCUUGGUACACUUACACAACAAAUCACAACACUUGGAGUGAAAUCAUUAUAACUCCUGGAUUUUACUGAUCAGAUUGAAAGCAAGCAAAGUAAAACUGUGCGACUCUGAUUUGUCCUCUGAGUUCCUCUGAUAUUUGAAAAAGAUGAUUGUCUAACAAAUGACUAAUGUUGUAGAAUGCCAUUACCUCAUAGGUUUGUGAUCAUGAUUGAAACACUGAUAUUAAACUACAACAUGACAUUA